AUGAAGAUCGCGAUAAGGAAAAUCAACCCUUGCACAGCAUGUUUGUGCCCAUGGAAAAAGGACAAGCAGGAAAAGAAGGAAGGCCAUUUUGACCUUAUUAUGUGGGUUCAUGUUUCUCAGAUCUUUGAUGUGGUUGACAUUUUCAAAAAGAUACUUCAGGAGGCUACAAGGGAUUCUUGCCUUGGUUUAAGUAAUCUUAACACCCUAGAAGAUAAGCUGGAGGCGGCACUUAGUGGAAAGCGGUUCCUCUUGGUACUAGAUGAUGUCUGGUACAAGAUGGGUGAGAAUCAAAAUGAUCUACAGAAGGUAGUUUCUCUAUUAAAGGCCGGAGAGGCAGGAAGCAAGAUUCUAGCAACCAGUCGAACCGAAGAGGCACUGUUAGCUCUGGGUGCAGUCAAAGAAAAAUGUAUCCCAAUAUCUGAAAUGGAUGACAGUGCCUUCCUUAAACUGUUCAUGUAUUAUGCACUUAAAGGUGUUAGCAUAGAUGAACAAGAUCGAAGGACAUUUGAAGCGGUUGGGGCUCAGAUUGCAAAAAAGCUGAAGGGGUCACCUCUUGCAGCAACUAUUGUGGGAACAAGACUACGUGUUAAACCUCUGAACUAUUGGAUAAAUUUUAAUGCUCGGCAACAUUUGGGUGAUGUGAUGGAGUUCUUAAAGUGGAGCUACCAGCACUUCGAUAAGGAGGUCAGGCGAUGCUUUGCAUACUGCUGUAUUUUCCCAAGAAGAUACCAGUUGAAACGUGAUGAGUUAGUUAAACUGUGGGUGGCACAAGGGUUCAUAAGUGUAACCAAUGGAGAGGAAAAGGAAGAUAUUGCUCAGCGUCACUUCGACCAUUUACUGUCAGCCUUAUUUCUGCGGCCAAAAGGUUGGACAGGACAUCUUCCUCGAGAUGUUCGCCAUCUUUUCAUUGAGAUUUACGGUGAAGAGAUGAUCAGUAAGAAGGUGUUAGAAUUGCAAAACUUGCGUACACUCAUAAUAAUUCAUACUCAACACGAGGAAGAGUUGCUUGUGGAAGAUGUCCUUGAGACUGUGUUCACUAAUCUGACUAUGUUGCGAGCAUUUAUACUGAAAGUAGAGGUCAGAUCUUUUAUGGGAGGUCGACAGAUUUCUAUCCCGGAAUCUAUUGGUGAUUUAUUACACCUGCGCUAUUUUUAUCUUUCGAAAGCAUUGUACAGUAAGGUAACUUUUCCAAGAAGAUUUGCUCGGCUUUACCUUAUGGAAGUUCUGGAUGUUGGAUACUCGCAGUGGGGCAAGGUGGCAUUCUCCUCAGGUGAAGAUACAACUAACCUCAUAAACUUGCGUGUCGUGCCCUAUGAUUCAGAACUUGAUUUCCCAUUCAUUGGAAGGAUGGAGUCACUGCAAACUUUACAUAAGUUCACUGUAAAGAAGGAAAAGGGACAUGAACUAUUCCAGCUGAAGAAACUAAACAAGGUUCGACACGUUCUGAAAAUUGAUGGGCUUGAAAAUGUUCUGACCAAAGAGGACGCUCAACAAGCUGAACUGCAUGAAAAGGCAUGCAUCAGAGGGCUGAUACUGACCUGGAGUCCCAGUGGUGAUAUGAGCCUCCAGGAACAAGAUCUCCAAUCAGAAGUAAUUCAGGCCCUUGGGCCGCCAACACACCUUCAAAUACUUGCAAUCGAAGGCUACAAGGGUUCAAGUUAUCCCAGCUGGAUGACGGGUGAUGGUCCAGAGGUCCUAAUGUGCCUGCGAGACCUUCUGCUCAUCGACUGCACUGAACUGGCAUCUAUUCCUGAGCAUAGUGUGCUUUUCAAGUAUCUACAUGCACUCGAGGCUAUUAGAUGCAAUUGGCGCUGCUUUCCCGACAACAUGGAGCACCUCAACUCACUCGUGAAAUUGGGAAUACAGAGUUGCAAUGAAAUUCUAUCACUUCCAACACUGCCCCAGUCUCUGAAGAAAUUGAAGAUAAAGGAAUGCGAGCAACUUGAGUCACUUCCAACGAUUCCAGUCUCUUCAGAAAUUGUGCCCCAGUCUCUGAAGGUAUUGAUUAUAGAGGAAUGCAAGAAUCUAAUGUCUCUUCCAACACUGCCUGAAUCUCUGGGGACAUUGGUGAUAUCAUUUUGCUCGAUUGAUUUGCCUUCAACACUGCCGCAGUCUCUGAAGAAACUGAUGUUACACGGGUUUUCGAAAAUUGAUCUUUCAACAAUUCCUCCUUCUCUGGAACACUUUGAUGUCUUAACCCACGAUCAGGAGUUCGCAACAUCGUGCAAGACAGAUGGUCAUGAAAAUUGGGAAAAGAUCCGCCACAUUCCCGAAACAAAUAUUCGAUACGAAGAAUUUUAUCGUGAAGAUGAUGAGGACGAAGAAGGGCUGGAAGACGAUGAAGACGACGACUCAUAUGUGGACGACGAAGAAGAAGACGAUGAUGUCCCAUUGGGAGAAGAUCAAGAAGUCGAUGUCCCAUCGGAAGACGGCCAAGAAGAUGAUGUGCCAUCGGAAGACGACCAAGACGAUGAAUCAUGA